AUGUCUUUCAUUCACCUUGAUCCACCUGAUUCAGACCGCGGAUUGAGGGACUCCAAGCACAAUGAGAUCAACGAGAGAGCAACCCCAGCCGUGCUUGCGGCUCCAGGGGAGCCCGAAGUCAGUGACGAAAGUGACAGCGCCAGCAUCACCAUUGUGACUGGAGCGGAUGUCUCUGCUCAUCUGCUCUCGUUGAGAGAUGACUUUGACAGCACUCUGACUCUUCGCAGCAUCCUUCUGGCCUCGGGUCUUGCAUGCUUUAAUGCUGUCAUGAGCCAGAUUUAUCAGGCGAGGAAAACUCCAUACAUCACAAGCGCUGGCGUCUCUGGAGCCUUUAUCGUCCUGAUAUCCUAUUUCGCCGGCAAUGCGUGGGCCAAAUUCCUUCCUCGCGGCGACAAAUACGAGGCUCGAUGGCUCGAAAGAGGCGGCCGAGGCAAUCCUCCUCGCUGGAUCUCUUUCAUCAAGUUUGUCAACUGUGGUCCAUGGUCUUUGAAAGAGCACGCAAUAUGUGCGAUCACCGCGGGGUCGGCCUCGAACGCUUCUGCAGCGACAUACGUCUUCGCUACACAGAUCCUAUUUUAUGAUCUACCUUUGAGGCCGGUAACUGUCAUCCUCGCCACAAUCUCCAUCGGCCUGUUCGGCUAUGGGAUCUGCGGAUUUCUACGUCCAAUUGCUGUCUGGCACGUGGAGUCCGUCUACUGGGGCAACCUAGCUACUGUGAAGACCCUUCAAGGGCUUCACUGGCAGGAGGUUAAGGAUUCCAAGCCAAUGAGGUAUUUCUGGUAUGCUUUUGCAAUUAUGGCUUUAUACCAGGUAUUGCCCGCCUAUGUCUUCCCGUGGCUCAAUUCAAUCUCAAUUCCAUAUCCCUUGGGGAAGAUCUUCCCAGGCGGCGUACUAGACAAAGCUGCCUUGACUGAACAUGGUGCACCCAAGCUGGCUGGGACAUUUGCCUACGGGAUGUUGAUGUCCAAUGCUGCAAUUGGGGCCCUAAUCAUGCAUUGCUGUGUGUUUUGGGGCAAAGAGGUUCGAGAAGCAUUUCAAAGUGCAAAGAAGGGCAGAUUCGACGAUCGGCACCACGAGCAUAUGGCCAACCAUUACAAAGAAGCUCCAUGGUGGUGGUACCUCAUUGUACUCAUCGGUAGCUUCUUUCUCGGUCUGAUUGUGGUUCUCAAAGAGGACGUCACCAUGUCAGCUUGGGCGUACCAUGUCUCACUGUUGCUGGGAAUCAUUGUCGCACCCUUCAGCAUCAUUCUCUUUGCUCGAUUCGGCAAUGGCAUCGCGACCAAUACUUUGUCCAAGAUGUUGGCUGGCCUCGUACUUCCCGGUCGCCCAGUGGGAAAUAUAUACUUUGCCGCAUGGUCGCAUAAUGUCGUCGGCAAUUCAGUCAACCUUUGCAGUGACUUGAAGCUCGGGGAAUACCUCAAAAUCCCUCCUCGGGUCAUGUUCCUGACCCAGAUAUAUGGCACCAUGCUGGGUGGAUUCGUCAGCUAUGCCAUCAUGAUGUCCAUCGUAACCAGGAACAAAGCGCUUCUUGUUAAUGGCAAUGGAAACGCAUCCUGGAGUGGAGCAAACAUACAGGCGUACAACACUAAUGCGGCCUCCUGGGCCUUGGCUUCUUAUCUCUACAAGAUUGGAGCUCAAUACCAGAUGGUGCCCAUUGGGAUGGCCAUCGGGGCUACCGCUGUCAUAGUCCAUCGCCUCUUCGUUCAAUUUGUUCCAAAAGUCAAAAACUUCAAAACCACGGAACUCAAUGUCCCACAGUUCAUUCAAUACGCUGGGUUCAUUCCCCUGAAUCAAAAUCAGACUUGUCUCAUCUUGAGUUGGAUGAUCUCGGGGCUCUUCGUACAGUAUUAUCUCCGAACCUACAAGCCUCGCAGUUUCAAAGAAUAUUCGUAUUUGGUCGCUGCUGCGUUUGAUGGGGGUAGUCUCAUGGUACUGUUCAUCCUUUCUUUCGCGGUCUUCGGGGCUGGUGGAAUAUCCCAUCCAUUUCCAUCGUGGUGGGGGAACAACGUGAAGGGAAACUAUGACUGGUGUCCGGUAACGUGA